CCUCCUCCUCCACCUCCUCCGCCUCCUGCUGCUGCUGCUGCUGCUCUGUGUGCAUCGCUUCGUCUCUCCGCCGCUCCUGAAGCUUCUCCGACUGCAGCUGCAAAGCAAGAAACAGAAAAGCUGUGACACGAUGAAAGUGGCCGUUGUUUUCGUCCUUCUCUUCGCCACAGUCCUCUGCCGGCCGGCGAGAAAAGUUGCCAGCAGCAGUUCAGAGAGCUCUGAAGAAGUGGUGCAGUCAGCUCCAGCCAUCAGAAAACAGGCAGCAGUGUUGCCUCAAAGCCGCGCUGUCGCUGUCCAGAACGUCGUCGCAGCCGCCGCCGCCAACGACGACUCAGACGAGAAUACAGAGAGUUCGGAUGAGGAUGAGCAGGCGGUAGCAGGAACCCCCUCGGAGGUCACGGCCGCAGGCUCCGACACGACCUCCACCUCAGACUCCGCCUCCGUCAACAGCCAGGACAGCGAGGACAGCGACGACAGCGACGACAAAGACGACGACGAGACAGAAGAGAGCGAAACAGAGGAGGACGAGUCCAGCGACAGCUCAGAGUCCGGUGAGUCCUCCACCCCCUCCCCCGCCACCCUCGCCCCCGUGGUCGUCACAGAUGAGCCCGUGCUCGAGACCACCGUGGAGCCCAUCACACCCACCAUCGUGACCGACCCCGCCCGCGGCGACAGCAUGGGCAGUUACCCCGGCGAAUACAAGUCCAUCAUCUACGUGGAGGACAAGUCCUACCAGAAGAUGCCCUCUCCUUACAAGUCCUACGAGUUUGUCGGCGCGGGCAAGAAGAUGGCCUACGACAUGACCGACGGCAACGAGGUGGAGAAGACGCUCACCGUCUACAAGGCUCUGCAGGUUCACAAUGACCUCCUGGAGGAGGACACCAGCACUCCUGAGGUGGAGAGCCAGGGCCUGGACGCCUCCUCCGGCACCUCCCAGGACCAGGAGGUCGACCCCCGCCAGGCCGCCCUUCCCCAGGAGGAGGAGAGCGCCAGCGCCAGCGACGCCACCACCAGCGAGGGCGAGAGCUCCAGCGCCACGCAGGAGGAGGAGGACGACGAGAGCACCAGCACGGCCAGCGACAGUGACAGCGCCAGCGCCAGCGAGGAGUCCGAGGACGAGGACAGCCAGAGCAGCGAGGAGGCGGGGGCCACCGCCACGCCCGGCACCAGCGACAGUGACUCAGACGAGACGGACAGCUCGGAGAGCGAUUCAGACGAGGACGCGGCAGCGACCGACGCCACCACUGACGCACCAGUGGUCAUCACUGCCAAAUAAGCCCCGCCCAUCCAGGAAAUUGAGUGGACGGUGGGCGUUUUCACGUAGAAUUUACGUAGAGAGCGCACGUCUCGUCCAGUUUCAAAGAAGCCCCCUCUGACGCCUGGUUUCCACUCCAGGGCCAAACAAGGACAGGCAAGGCUUAAUUAUUAUCACUGUCAUUCUUUUUUUUUUUUUUUUAAACCCCGCCCCCCUCUGCUCCCCGAUGUGUGGAUGUUGAAACUGAGGACUGCUACCUGCAACAGGAAGUUGGUUGACCUCGCGACCUUUGACCCCCUCCCCUCCUCGUGUCAAACCUGGAAAAAGUAAACAAACAAAAGUCCUGAUAUCGACACUAGCGUUACACGACAUUUACUCACUCAUUCAUUAUCACGACUUUACGUAAACAUACAUGUACAUGCCUUGUAUCCUUACCGAGUCUUGCUAAGUGAGAGGAUGAGUGGCGCGGUUUUGUUUGUUUGUUUGUUUGUUUGUUUGUUUGUUUCAGGCGGCGCUUGCUGUUCCUGCAGUUUGAUCAUAGUAAAACUUGAACUCGUAAGCCACGCCUUCGCUUCACGUGUGGCUUAUCGCUUUCGCUCGCUAGUGUGGAAUUUGCUGGUGUAGGUAACAGGACAAUAGCACACGAGAACACACACUCAGGAUCUAACCGGGCACGCACACACACACUCACACACACACACACACAGACACACAUAAACACACACACACACAUACAGAGCAGUCCCACUUCAUUUGCACAAUUCCUCAUUACACUACAUGUCGU